AUGGAUCUAUCCGGCUUCGACCCGUCAACCAUGACCUACCUGGCCACGCAGAUGCAGCAUCCCAACGUCAAUGUGAACGUGGCUGGCAAUGCGGACCCCUUCCAGGAGAUGCUACUGCCCACCGACUAUGUCGACCAGCAGUCGACGUACGGUGGGUAUGCAGGGAGUGAGGAGCUGAACCUCCACGGCUUGCAUGCCCCUCCUCCGCCUCUCAAACGAUUCUCGAGUACCUACGAAGAUCCCUUCUCGGACGUAGUGAGCGCAUUCGAGCACCCGACCCAAAACGACUCCAACGAUGGAGAGACGCCCUCGAUCGACCGCGAUAACAAGCUGUUGAGCUUCACGCUACCCUCCUUCGACUAUGCCCUCCUCGAUUUCACCUACAGACGAACGACACUAUCCAUCCAAGCGCAGCUCCAUGGCAUGUUCUUCUUGGCCGAAUCGCCAUGGGCCACUGCAGGAGAUGCGCAGCCGCCGCCAUCAGAACUUACGUGCUAUCGACGGAAUCUGUUCCAGAUUACGGGAGAGAUCACGCUGCCUCGCACGCUGAGGUUCAUCAUGACAGACCAGGGAGAGCAGAUCCCGAUCAUCGGCCAGGAGUUAGUGUUGAACGCGACUGAGUCGACCGAGGGGAAUGCAGUGAAGAUUAUUUCGGUACCUUGGAAAACACCUGCAAAUCCCAAUGCACCUUUGCCAGAGGACAAAGUCGAGCGAGAGCCGCCCUCAAUACCGCUAGAUCUCAUGAAUGUGCAAGAGAUGAACACCGACUUUGCAACCUAUCCAUUUCAAUGGAAGCGAUUGCAGUUCAGAAUAGCAACAGCGAACAACGGGCGGAGAAAAGAGCUGCAGCAACACUUUGUGGUGAGACUUAAGGUCCUUGCGACGUUGGCCACAGGCGGGAAGAUAUCGAUAGCAGAGGUGACGUCUGGCGCCAUCAUUGUACGUGGAAGAAGCCCGCGCAACUUCCAGUCUCGCAAGGAUCUACCACUCAAUGGCACAGGACAUGCCAGGAAGGCGUCGAAUCUUCCAGGCCAGCCGACGCGAGCGGCAACAGUGGCGGGAGACAAACCAGCGCGAAAUGAAGCUCCCACUUCUGCGCCGGUGAAGACAGAAGCGCAGGCGCCUGCCAUGUCCAUGUACUCCUACAACGAGGCGCACGAAAGCUUGGCUCCAACUCAGGCGUAUGCCUGGGGACAGGCCAGUGCAGGAGCGCAGGCGGAAGAUAAUACUGCGCAGCCUAGAACGACCCCACCGAACCCGGGAAACAUCUAUGCGAUAUCUUCACCAGACAAGCAUCGGCCACGGUCAAAUCCAAUGCCACCUCCAGCGCCGAUCAAUCUGUCGCUAGUGGAAGAUGAUUCGCCACGUCCAGGGAACAGCGCAACACCUCCGGAUCAGCGUGCCGCGAAGAAGAUACACAUUCCGCCCCGACCACCUUCAUUCUCCAUCAAUACGAUCAACAGUCCCGAUGAGAGCGCGGACCUGCUUUACGAAUACUUUCCUCUUGGCCUCGAUGACUGGAUGCCACCCGUAGACGCUGUCUACAGACCACAUGUCGUGCACCACACAAAGCUGCCGACAGAUCCCAGAGACCCUCAGACCAGCACGAAAUCUAGAAACAAACGAUACUUCAGCGCGGAUGUAAGCUGA